AUGACAUCAGAUAAGAAGGUUGUUCUAGUUACGGGUGGUAACACUGGUCUCGGCUUCGAAAUUGCGAAGGCUUUGUACCAGUCUGAAAUUCCCUACGAGAUCAUCAUCGGGACCCGGACUAUAUCCAAGGGCGAGGAUGCCAUCGCAGCACUACGCAAGGAAAUCCCGCAGUCUGCCUCCUCGCUCAGCGUUGUACAAGUGGACCUCAACUCCGACGCGUCACUUGAGAAGGCCAUCGAGACCAUCAGCUCUCAGCAUGGAAGACUAGACUCACUGGUCAAUAAUGGUGGCGGUAGUUUCGACGCGGAUAUACAGGAAGGUAAAAUGACGCUACGCGAGGGCUUCAACGCUACCUGGGAUCUCAACGUGUCUGGUACCCACGUGCUUACCACUCUCGCGGUCCCUCUGCUACUCAAGUCUACUGAUCCUCGCAUCUUGUUUAUCACCAGCGGCACAAGCACGCUCACAGAGACCGAGAACACAACUCAUCCCAAUCUUGCGCGCCUCAACGCUGGCCCGCCUGCCGGAUGGCCGAAACCGAAGGUUGGAAUGGCUUUGACGGCGUACCGUUCCACUAAAACGGGUCUGAAUAUGUUGAUGCGUGAAUGGCAUCGCAUUCUCAAGAACGACGGCGUCAAGGUAUGGGCUGUAUCCCCUGGAUUCCUUGCUACGGGGUUAGGAGGGAUCGGCUCUGAGAGCUUAAAGAAGAUGGGUGCGCUUGAUCCAUCCGUCGGUGGUCAGUUCGUCAGGGACGUUAUACAAGGGAAGCGGGACGAAGAUGCUGGGAAGGCUAUUAGAGCAACUGCUUCCCGAAAACAUGACACGAUGCGGUACGAUUCGUACGAAGCCCAGGAUGUCGGUUAUGCGUGCGCGGCGCUGUCGGUUAUCAUCUUAGUCAGUCGAGUAAUCAUAUCUCGAUGGCGACGCGAACCUGUCGACCUCAGUUUCGUCUUUGUCGUACUGUCGAUAUUAAUGAUUAUUGGGAGGGUCAUCGCCAACAACUUUUAUCUGAGAUUUGGAACGACCAACGAAGUUUUGAAAGAUCCGCACGUCUCUGAUUAUUACGAUACGAGUCGCUUAAAAACUGGCAGCAUUCUCGUCUUGUUAGCCAGAGUUCUUCUUACGGCAGCACUGUGGUUUCAGAUUUGCCUUCUGCUCUUGUUCUAUUCAAGAAUAACUUCGGGAAUAACAUGGGCAGAUCGUCUUACCAAGACAGCUUGGAUCACAGUGGUCGUAACCUUUAUCGCCGUUGUGCUAGCAACAUUCCUGGAAUGCCGUCCGAUCAGCUUAUACUGGCAAAUUGAACCCAACCCAGGGCAAUGUGUGCGAGCCUACGUCCAGUUGCUUAUCCAAGGAAUAGCCAACAUCGUCAUCGACCUGUUGCUACUUUUCAUCGCGUACCCCUUAGUUUGCCUAAGGAAGCGGUCUUUAUCAGAAUAUAUUUCCCUUUACUCCUUAUUUGCGCUUGGCACAUUCUGUAUUGUUAUCACCAUAAUAAGAGUGGUCCUGAUAUUCAACGAGGAUUCAUCUCAAACCACGCGGAGUUUAUGGGCGUCGGUUCAAAUGUUCGUCUCGUGUUUCGUUGCAAAUGCACCGACUAUAUACGGCUCUCUGCGUGUUGCUCAACGGAAGAGGUCUGGACAUAGAAGUACACCUGGUUAUGCCAGUGGUGAGCCGCUAAGUCGGCCCUCGCGUCUAGAAAGAGACUCUUGGAUAAAGAUGGACGAGGAGAUCGCCCUUGCAAGGACUGCGCCCGGUGUGCAAUAUAAUCCGACACCACCAUUUACUACCGCGAUAUUCGAUAACGAUAAUAUUUAUCCAACGUCACAAUCUCGCCCAUGA